CUCCAAAUGCCCAGAGGAAGCAAAUGUCCAACAGCAGCUCCAUCACUGAAUUCCUCCUCCUGGCAUUCACAGACACACGGGAGCUGCAACUCUUGACCUUCUGGCUCUUCCUGGCCAUCUACCUGGUUGCCCUCCUGGGCAACGGUCUCACCGUCACUGCCAUAGCCUGCGACCAUCUCCUCCACACCCCCAUGUACUUCUUCCUCCUCAACCUCGCCCUCCUCGACCUGGGCUCCAUCUCCACAACUCUGCCCAAAGCCAUGGCCAAUUCCCUCUGGGGCACCAGGACCAUCUCCUUCGCAGGAUGUGUUAUACAGCUCUUUUUUUUUCUCUUUUCUAUCACAACCGAAUACUUCCUCCUCACUGUCAUGGCCUAUGACCGCUAUGUUGCCAUCUGCAAACCCCUGCAUUAUGAGACCCUCCUGGGCAACAGAGCUUGUGUCCACAUGGCAGCAGCUGCCUGGGGCACUGGGAUCCUCUAUGCUCUCAUGCACACAGCCAAUACUUUUUCACUACCCAUCUGCCAUGGCAACACUUUGGACCAGUUCUUCUGUGAAAUGCCCCAAAUCCUCAAGCUGUCUUGCUCAGAUUCCUAUAUCAGUGAAGUUGAACUAAUUGUGCCCUCCUCCAUCUCCUCCCCUUUUCUAAACCUGGUCGUAACUGUUCUGUACUCGGUGGUGCCUCCAGCAGUGAACCCCCUCAUCUACAGCAUGAGGAACCAGAAGCUCAAGGAAGCCCUAUGGAAAAGGGCCCAGUGCACACUGUUCCAGUGA